GUAGUGCAAAUGGAGUAAAGAGAAUGAGUGUAAGAGGGAGAGACAGUGGAAUUUACGCGUCAAAAUGGGCGACCGAGCCAGGAGUCUAACGAUCGACGGUGUCCGGCUCAUUAAGGACCUGAAGGUGGUUGAACUGAAGGCUGAAUUGGAUCGUCGUGGGUUAUCUAAGUCCGGUAGCAAGAAGGAAUUAGUGGAACGUUUAAGGAGUAGUGUACAGUUUGAGAACAGAAAAUCGAAAGCCACAGCAGCAGUUAACGAAGAGGAAGUCCCUAACAGAUGGCUACAAAAUGAAGCCAACCUAGACAAUGACUUCAUCAGAGAAUAUUUCCAAUCUCAGAAAGCACUUUAUCGACAGCAGAUAGAAGCACGAAGGCAGUACAGAGCAGAAACCGUAGGAGCCACUGCUGCACCAUCUGAAGCAGCUGGUGCAACUCCAGCAUUCCAGUCAUCAGAGUCCACUUGUGAGGAAACACAAAGCAGGGACAAGGAUAGACUAGAGGGUACUAAGAGUAAGGGGAAUAAGGCUUGCAGUAGUCGCUCUUAUUCUUCCAAACUUGAAACAUCUGUAACUGUUCCAAGCACCACAACUUUUGUUGUCACAACAGCUUCCCCCACUGUUAAGACUGCAACAGCUCCCACUGUAAAGAACACAACCACCUUUGCAGCCAAGGUUCCCGCAUCCAAAACCAUCUCAUCGUGCUCUCUUGAAAGUGAGACAACACCCACCGUUAAGCCCAUUACAACGCCCGUUAUCAGAUCCAGCCAGUCAUCUUUAUCUAAAACCUCGUCAUCUGUUGACAGCAACAGUGUUCCCAUCUCGGCAGCACCGAGUGGCAGACAGUCUAUUGGAAGACAAGUCUCUGCUAGACAAGGUGCAAGCACACCAAGUAAUGCUAGUGUUACCUCACAUUUCACCACAGCUACCCCUGCUCACCCCACAGCACCCAAGGAGCGGCUGCUAGCGCCACUCACACUUAAGGUCAAGAAGUUGAAGAGUGAGUUGGCACCUGUUCCAAGUCCAGAGACACCAUCAACUUCCUCAAACUGUUGCAGGCCGAGCAGAAGUUCUGCCCGUGCUGCACGAGUUUUGAGCAGAGUAUCACUUGAAGACUCGGAGGAAGAAGAGUCGGAAGAGGAGCACCGGCAGCAGUCGUCACGACGCUCUCGCAAGCGGUCAGCCCGACACUCACAGGGCCAGGAAGACCCAGAUUAUCAAGCUAGCCCUGUUGGUAGUUCCCCACACAGUGAUCUCAAAGACAGAGUGCCGUCUCUUAAAAUUAAGUUACCCGACCCUGUGCCUAAUCCUGUUGAUGAAAAACCAAAGAAAAAGAUAGAAAGUUGUAGUAGUGAUAAGAAGGAACUAGCCAAUUUAACUGAAGCUAGAAGUAAGCGUGUAAAUCAUAAUAAUAGAAAACAUAUAAGUGGUCAACCACAGGAAAUUGGUAAACCUGAGGUUAGCUCAGUCUUUGGUAAUAGUGCAUCCACAAGCCAUCGAGAACCAGAGCAGACAAUUGUAAGUGUAAACAGUGAUGAUUCCAGUAAGAAAAGGUUGUCUGUUAAAGUCAUUCCUUCUGUAUCUGAAUCAUUGAAUCCAGUACUCGGGGCUCCCGUGAACAAAAGUGAGAAUCAACACUCUGGGGAUGGUUCAACUUUACAGGGACCAGACUAUACAAAUUUGCAACCUAUUGUCUCAUUGAAAAGGUUACAAAAGAUCACCCAGUCAGAUUCACAAAUCGCCAAAGAGAAAUUAGAUGAAAUCUCUGAAAAUUUGAACCCACCUUCUCAAGUGGGUGAGGAACUUGAAAGUGAAAGAGUGAAAACACAGUUGUCAGGUUUAGAUACAAAAAGUAAAAGCGAAGGUAAAGAAUCGUCUGUGAAAAUUAAAGAUGAGGUUUCUGAAUUUAGUGCUAGUAGUUAUGAUGAAAGACCUCCAGUAAAAAGUACAGAAGAGCAGCAGGAGUCAUCAAACUGUGAUAAACUUAGGCAGGUAAAAGUAGAGGUAUCUGUACAUGAAACAAAGUCAGAUACAAAACUGUACAUAAAAGGUGGCUCUCAUGUGAGUAUUUGUGAAAAAGAAAAAGCAGUAAUUCAAAGAAAUCCUAUAGCAAGUGAAGACUUAAAAGAUAUUUCAAAAAUUAUUAAAAGUGAAACUUCAAACGAAAGUGAGCUUUUGAAUAAACAUAAAAACAAAUUUGGAAGAGAGAGUGAAGAAAGGGUUGAAGGAAUUUUAUCCAAAGUUAUUGUUGAUACCAAAAAACAGUCUAAGGAGGUAGUACAAAGUAUAGAAAAAAGUGUUCUCUCAGCACCAGGCCAACCAAAGUCAUCGACAUUUUCACUUGAGGCAGAUAUAAAGUGUGAAACCAGUUGCAGUCCUUACAAGAGUGUUAGUUUAACAGUAUCCCCAUUUGUGUCUACAGUGACUGAUGCCAAACCUGUGAUAUCUGAGUCUGUUGAUCCAUCAAAGAAAACACAUAGUACAAAAGCACAUUCUGACAGCCAGGCUAUAAAACCUACUAUCAGUGACAGAGAAUCCAGUAAAAAGUGUGAAGUUGAGGCUUCUAGUUCCUUGGAAGAGGAGAUAGUAAAGAAGAAAGAUAAUACCACUAAAGGAAUCUCUCCUGAAGAAUCAGAAGUUGUUAAAGCUCGGGUUAGAGAACCCUUAUCACGUGCCCCCUCUGUCAGUCCCUUACGUAAACCAGCUGCUCUACCAACCGGUCCAUUGAAGACUAAAAUUUGGGAAAAACUUUUAGAUACAGCUCAAAAGAAAGGAGAUCCUACCAAAGAAACUCCCAAAGAAUUAGCAAGAAAAAAUGAAAUAAGCAAGCAAUUGGAGUGUAAAACUGGAACCCUACUUAUAGAAGCUGCUUGUUCUGAGAAAACUAGUGUCAAGGAGUUUCCAUUUGAAAAAAGAUCAAGCACAGAAUCCCCAAGUGACUUGCAAGAAACAAAAGAAGGUUCAGUAAGUUGUCAAGGGAAACCUCAAGAAUCAUAUGUGACAAAAACAACAGAUUAUGAUCUCACUUUACACAAUUUGAAUAAACUUUCUCCUGGCUUUAGCACUGAGGAGAGAGAGAGAGGAAAAGACAGCUCAAAGGAAGUUGAGCUGAAGGAGGAAAUUCAAAAGGUCUCCCCAAAAGAUUCCCCAAAUAUAAUUUUAACUGGUGAAGGUAACUCUCUGAAAAGCCCUUCUGCCACAACAAGCAAAGCUAAGGCUGAUGAAGAUACUGUAUUUGCCUGCAAUAAAAACCUGCCUGAAGUAGUCAAGAGUAGAAGUGAUAACACUGAAAUUGUAUCUUCUACAAGGAAGGAAGAAUUGGUCCAACACACAAAACCAUCUGGCUCUGGAAUUGUACUGCAAGCUACUGAAAAUAAACAUAUUGCAAGUAAAGAAGCUGAAGUAUCUGCAGCUUCACCAGAAAAGGAUAUAGAGGUCUUGCAUUCUCUAGUUAUUGACAGAAAGGAUAUCCUUGAAGAAAGUUGUUUAAGUCAGAGGAACAAGGAUAAUUUGGAAUUGCUUAGUUUACAUCAAAAUACUCUUGUGGAAGAACCAAAUUCUGAGACUUCACCAAAUAGAGACAAGUAUUCUAGAAAAGAAACUGAAUCCAUUCCACAUUCUGAUUUUACUACACCUAAAACAUUUUUUCAGAGUGAGGACAAAUAUCUACUGAGUUCUCUUCAUAGCCCAAAGCAAGGUAACUACUUGGUUGACUACUUUAAAGUUUGUAGAUCUGAAAGUUCAGGUGGUCCCAAAGGAAGCCAGGAAUUAAAUUUUUCUGUUCCUACUAGUAAAAAAUCUUUUCAAGGUUCAAGCAUACAAUCAACACAUUGGUUUAAGAGCACUGAAAAUCAAAUAUUAAACAGCCAGACUGACCCACUCGGUACAAAAUUAACACCUUCAGAAGAAAGUAAUUGUAAAAAAAGCAACGAGGAAGAAUCUUCACAAUCCACAUCUCCCAGUCUUAGUAGUAGCAAGGAAAGCUUUUCUGUUAGUAAAGGUGUGGUAAGAUAUGAAUUAGAAUCAGCUUUGGAAACAAAGCAUAUUGUUGCUAGAACUGAAGAAGAAUCUGCCUCAGAAACAACAUUGAUUGUAGAAAGAAUUGAUGGACCUGAUACUGUCACAAAACCUUUAGUAACAAGAAGUGAAGGAGAGUAUACUUCCAAGAGUAAGCCUAUUGUUGGAAGCAGUGACGACCAGUCGGCUUACUCUAAACCUGCGUUUGGAAGAAGUGAGGAAACAGCAGACUCAAAUACUUUUGUUGUAACAAGUGAGAAUAAAGAUAAUUCACACACCAAGAACAAAGAAGUGAGUGAAGAAAAGUGCACGUCAGUGACAAAACUUGUACAGAGUGAAGACAAAUUUAGAGAGACUAGACCUGUUUCAGCAGAAAGUGAAGAAAAAUCUACUUUAGACACAAAACCUGUUGGUGUGAGUGAAGAAAAAUCUACUCCAGAGACUAAGUCUGUUUUAGUGGAAAACAAGAAAAAGUCAAUUUGUGACACAAAAUCUGUUACAGAAAAAAGUGAAGGAAGAAUAACUGCCGUUACAAAAUCUGUUGAGAUCUGUGAAGAAAAAUCGGCUUCAGUUAUAGAUAGAUGCGAAGAAAAUCCUACUUCUAACUUCAUAUCGGUUCUGUUUACAGGUAAAGGAAAUUCAAUUUCAGCCACAAAAUCUGUAACUGAAAGGAGUGAAGGAAAGUUAAUUUUUGACUUAAAACCUGAUAAAGAGAGAAGCGUUGAAAAAUUUGUUACAAAGCCUUUUACGGAGGGAACUGAAAGAAAAACAUCAGGCAUCAAUUUUACUCCAUCAAGAACUGAGGAGGAAACUACUACUGACAGUAGUAGUGAAGAGACAUCCACUUCUGAUGCAAAAUUUGUUUCGGCAAUAAAUGAGAAAAGAUCAUUUUCAGAAGAAAUCUUUUUUAGAGGACUUUCUGAAGGAGAGUCAAGUUCUGAGAGAAAGCUCGAAACUAAUUUAGACCAGCCUGUUUCUGGAGAAGACGGUUCAGGUUUAACAGAAAACAAGACAAAAUCUCCUCCAUUCCUAAAAUUUUCUGUGUUAAGGGAAAGAGAAUCGGUGUCCUGUACUGCAUCAAGAACUAACGAGGAUCCUACAUCAACAAAAGCUCCGAGUUUAAUUACGAGUGAGAAAGUGUGCAUCCAGGGAGGAGGAACUGUUGAAGCUACAAGUGGGUUCAAAUUACCAUCACAAUUGAAAGAUUCUGAACCUGUAAGAGAGUUAGAAUCUACUUCAGAAUCAAAAGCACCAAUAUCUAGAAGUGAGGUACUUGCUACUUCAGAAUCAAAAGCAUCUGAAUCUAGAACUAAAUUAAAGUCUACUUCAGAAUCAAAAGUAAGUGAAACUAAGACGGAAAAUAGUUUUGAUAAAGAAGAUACAGAAGGUGAAGGUGAGGUAAAGUGUUCUUCAGAUUUAAAUAUUGUUGAAACUAAGGUUAGCUCAGUAACUGGAAAAAAAUCUACAUGUAAAAUUAAAGUAGGAAGUGAGGUCAAAUCAAUAUCAACUGGUGUUCUUGUGAGUGAAGAAGAACCUGCAUCAAGAAAAUCCACUGGGAGUGAAGAAAGGUUGCAAGUCCGUAGCAUUGACUCUACCUGGAGUAAAGAUCUAGCCCCAGAAUCAAGGUCUUGUAUUGAAAGCUUGGCUGUGAUUACCUUUCCAGCUGUAGACCAAUCAAACUUUGAGGAAACUUCUACUCGAGAAUCAAAGUUACCCAGAACAAGCAAUCAAAUAUAUCCUUAUAGAGGUCCAAUUCAUGAACUACCUGUAGGUCAGGUUGAAGUUGAAGUUGAACAAAAGUGCCCUGGAAGCAGUGAUCCUAAAACCGAAGGUCAGCCUCCUGUAAGUAAUAAGAAUAUCAAUUAUAAUUCGAGUUCAAUUACCACUGGAUUUGGAACAUUGAACCAGAUUAGUCAAAGUGCCUCAGAUAAAUUAAACCUCAAGGAAAUAGAAGUUUGCAAAAAUCUUAUAGAAUUAUCUCCUGAUAAGGUAGCUCAGUGUGACAUUGCUCUGAGGGAAGAUUCCUCUUCAAACUCAGUCAACAGAAGCACAAGCAAGCUAUCACAAAGCAAGUCGAGUGAAGUUGAAAGUCCCACAUUAGAAACUGAAGAGAUUACCAGUUGUGAUAAACCUGCUCAGGACUUCCAGGACAGCUUGGUUCUAGAGAAAAGGGAAGAGCCAACAAAGGCAGAUUCUGAAAAGCAUCCAGUCAAGGAUCAUUAUAUUAGCAAUUUAAAUACUUCACAAACUUGUGAGUACAACAUAUUGAGUAGUUCCACCACAUAUAAUGUCUUGGCCCGUGAUAUAAAGGAUAAAGAGGAAAUUAAAGAAACCAAUUUUAAACCAAAUAAGGAGAACGGUUCCUCAGGUACCACAGAAGUUGGGGACACCAUACAAACACCUUUGAAAAACCCACAGACAGUUGAUUCCAGUGAAAUCAAAACUUACAACUUGUAUUUUGGUGAAGGUCAAGAGCCCGAUCAGGGUACAUCUUAUACUCGUGAGGAGCAAGUGGCAGCUGAUAAGUUUACGUGUGAAAUUGUUGGGGAAUUUUCAGGUUCCAAGAAUAAAGGAUCUAUUCUCCAUCAGAAAUCCCAUUGUGUUGGGUCUGCCACUUCUGUUGACCAGGAGGAACGUAGACAGAAGGAUUUCAUCAGCUUCUUUGGGGUAAAUCCUGAUGAAAGGUUACUUGGUACUUGUACAUUAAUACCCAAGAAAUCAACAGACCUUAUUCCACUUGAAACUGAAGCUGUUGCAAAGGACGAUAGCACAGCACUUCAAGACCAUCCAAAUAGAAAAACAGCAACAAAGGAGAAACAUUUGCCUGUUUAUAGUUUGGAACCUACUAAAGAGGAAAUUAACCUUGUUAGCACAAACCCACCUAAAGAGAAAGUUUACCUUGAUAGUUCAGCAAAUACAGAGAAGGACGAAACUCACCGUCUUAGUACAUCAGCUACAAACACUGACCUCUACCAACCACUUUGGGAAAUAACAUCACAGCAGUCGGAAGUUCUCCGUGUUGUGAGUGCAGCAAACACAAAACCUGAAGUUCACCUGGUUGAAAGUGUCACCACAACAAAAGAAGCUCAGCCAGUUGUGGGUGUAACAGCCACAGAGAUAAAACAUAACCCAUUGGUAAGUUUAUCACACACAAACCCAGAUUCCUGUUUGCUUGUGAGUGGAGUGGCUACAAAGCAGUUAGAAUCUAUCCCUGCUGAAGGUGAAGCAGCAACUAAGGCUGAAGCUCAACCGCUUGAAAUUACUGCAUCCACAAGGAAUCCGAAGGUCCUUCCUCUAUUGGGUGUAGCAUCCAUAAAGACAGAAGUCUCUACAGCUGUUAGUACAGCAGCCACAAAGACAGAAGUCUCUACAGCUGUUAGUACAGCAGCCACAAAGACAGAAGUCUCUCCAGCUGUGACUACAGGAACCACAAGGACAGAAGUCUCUCCAGCUGUGACUACAGGAACAACAAAGACAGAAGUCUCUCCAGCUGUGACUACAGGAACCACAAGGACAGAAGUCUCUCCAGCUGUGACUACAGGAACAACAAAGACAGAAGUCUCUACAGCUGUUGGUACAGCAACCACAAAGACAGAAGUCUCUACAGCUGUUGGUACAGCAACCACAAAGACAGAAGUCUCUACAGCUGUUGGUACAGCAGCCACAAAGACAGAAGUCUCUACAGCUGUUGGUACAGCAACCACAAAGACAGAAGUCUCUCCAGCUGUGACUACAGGAACAACAAAGACAGAAGUCUCUCCAGCUGUUAGUACAGCAGCCACAAAGACAGAAGUCUCUACAGCUGUUGGUACAGCAACCACAAAGACAGAAGUCUCUACAGCUGUUGGUACAGCAACCACAAAGACAGAAGUCUCUACAGCUGUUGGUACAGCAACCACAAAGACAGAAGUCUCUACAGCUGUUGGUACAGCAACCACAAAGACAGAAGUCUCUACAGCUGUUGGUACAGCAACCACAAAGACAGAAGUCUCUCCAGCUGUGACUACAGGAACCACAAAGACAGAAGUCUCUACAGCUGUUGGUACAGCAACCACAAAGACAGAAGUCUCUACAGCUGUUGGUACAGCAGCCACAAAGACAGAAGUCUCUCCAGCUGUGACUACAGGAACCACAAAGACAGAAGUCUCUACAGCUGUUGGUACAGCAGCCACAAAGACAGAAGUCUCUCCAGCUGUUGGUACAGCAGCCACAAAGACAGAAGUCUCUCCAGCUGUGACUACAGGAACCACAAAGACAGAAGUCUCUCCAGCUGUGACUACAGGAACAACAAAGACAGAAGUCUCUCCAGCUGUUGGUACAGCAGCCACAAAGACAGAAGUCUCUCCAGCUGUGACUACAGGAACCACAAAGACAGAAGUCUCUACAGCUGUGACUACAGGAACCACAAAGACAGAAGUCUCUACAGCUGUGACUACAGGAACCACAAAGACAGAAGUCUCUCCAGCUGUGACUACAGGAACAACAAAGACAGAAGUCUCUACAGCUGUUGGUACAGCAGCCACAAAGACAGAAGUCUCUCCAGCUGUUGGUACAGCAGCCACAAAGACAGAAGUCUCUCCAGCUGUGACUACAGGAACCACAAAGACAGAAGUCUCUACAGCUGUGACUACAGGAACCACAAAGACAGAAGUCUCUCCAGCUGUUGGUACAGCAGCCACAAAGACAGAAGUCUCUCCAGCUGUUGGUACAGCAGCCACAAAGACAGAAGUCUCUCCAGCUGUGACUACAGGAACCACAAAGACAGAAGUCUCUCCAGCUGUGACUACAGGAACAACAAAGACAGAAGUCUCUCCAGCUGUGACUACAGGAACAACAAAGACAGAAGUCUCUACAGCUGUGACUACAGGAACAACAAAGACAGAAGUCUCUACAGCUGUGACUACAGGAACCACAAAGACAGAAGUCUCUACAGCUGUGACUACAGGAACAACAAAGACAGAAGUCUCUACAGCUGUGACUACAGGAACCACAAAGACAGAAGUCUCUCCAGCUGUGACUACAGGAACAACAAAGACAGAAGUCUCUACAGCUGUUGGUACAGCAGCCACAAAGACAGAAGUCUCUCCAGCUGUUGGUACAGCAGCCACAAAGACAGAAGUCUCUCCAGCUGUUAGUACAGCAGCCACAAAGACAGAAGUCUCUCCAGCUGUGACUACAGGAACAACAAAGACAGAAGUCUCUACAGCUGUUAGUACAGCAGCCACAAAGACAGAAGUCUCUCCAGCUGUUGGUACAGCAGCCACAAAGACAGAAGUCUCUACAGCUGUUGGUACAGCAGCCACAAAGACAGAAGUCUCUCCAGCUGUGACUACAGGAACAACAAAGACAGAAGUCUCUACAGCUGUUGGUACAGCAGCCACAAAGACAGAAGUCUCUCCAGCUGUGACUACAGGAACAACAAAGACAGAAGUCUCUACAGCUGUUGGUACAGCAACCACAAAGACAGAAGUCUCUCCAGCUGUGACUACAGCAGCCACAAAGACAGAAGUCUCUACAGCUGUUGGUACAGCAGCCACAAAGACAGAAGUCUCUCCAGCUGUUGGUACAGCAGCCACAAAGACAGAAGUCUCUACAGCUGUUGGUACAGCAGCCACAAAGACAGAAGUCUCUCCAGCUGUUAGUACAGCGGUCACAAAGACAGAAGUCUCUCCAGCUGUGACUACAGGAACCACAAACACAGAAAUCUCUCCAGCUGUUGGUACAGCAGCCACAAAGACAGAAGUCUCUCCAGCUGUUAGUACAGCGGUCACAAAGACAGAAGUCUCUACAGCUGUUGGUACAGCAACCACAAAGACAGAAGUCUCUACAGCUGUUGGUACAGCAGCCACAAAGACAGAAGUCUCUCCAGCUGUUAGUACAGCGGUCACAAAGACAGAAGUCUCUCCAGCUGUGACUACAGGAACCACAAAGACAGAAGUCUCUCCAGCUGUUAGUACAGCGGUCACAAAGACAGAAGUCUCUCCAGCUGUGACUACAGGAACCACAAGACAGAAGUCUCUCCAGCUGUUGGUACAGCAGCCACAAAGACAGAAGUCUCUCCAGCUGUUGGUACAGCAGCCACAAAGACAGAAGUCUCUCCAGCUGUUGGUACAGCAGCCACAAAGACAGAAGUCUCUCCAGCUGUUGGUACAGCAGCCACAAAGACAGAAGUCUCUCCAGCUGUUAGUGCAGCGGUCACAAAGACAGAAGUCUCUCCAGCUGUUAGUACAGCAGCCACAAAGACAGAAGUCUCUCCAGCUGUUGGUACAGCAGCCACAAAGACAGAAGUCUCUCCAGCUGUUGGUACAGCAGCCACAAAGACAGAAGUCUCUCCAGCUGUUAGUGCAGCGGUCACAAAGACAGAAGUCUCUCCAGCUGUUAGUGCAGCGGUCACAAAGACAGAAGUUUCUCCAGCUGUGACCAGGAACAACAAAGGCAGAAGUCUCUCCAGCUGUUAGUGCAGCACCCACAAAGACAGAAGUCUCUCCAGCUGUGACUACAGGAACCACAAAGACAGAAGUCUCUCCAGCUGUUAGUGCAGCAGCCACAAAGACAGAAGUCUCUCCAGCUGUGACUACAGGAACCACAAAGACAGAAGUCUCUACAGCUGUUAGUGCAGCAGCCACAAAGACAGAAGUCUCUCCAGCUGUUAGUACAGCAGCCACAAAGGCAGAAGUCUCUCCAGCUGUUAGUACAGCAGUCACAAAGGCAGAAGUCUCUCCAGCUGUUAGUACAGCAGCCACAAAGGCAGAAGUCUCUCCAGCUGUUAGUACAGCAGCCACAAAGACAGAAGUCUCUCCAGCUGUUAGUACAGCAGUCACAAAGGCAGAAGUCUCUCCAGCUGUUAGUACAGCAGCCACAAAGGCAGAAGUCUCUCCAGCUGUUAGUACAGCAGCCACAAAGGCAGAAGUCUCUCUAGUUGUGAGUGUAGUUGCUACAAAGACAAAACUAUCACCUGUUAGCACAGCUCCUGCAAAGACUGAAGUGUCAUCAAUAACUACAAAGUCGGAAAUCUUUCCAUUUGUUAGUACAGUAGCCACAGAAACGGAAAUACCACCAGGUGUUAGCAAACUAUCUGCAAAGCAAGAAGUUUGUCAAGCUGUUAGUACAAUCACCACAGACACAGGAGUCUCCUCAGUGGUUGGCACAAGUGUCACGAAGUGUGAAGUCUUACCAGUUGUUGGUAGUACAACCACAAAACCUUCUUGGGGUCAAAUUGUUAACACCAAUAUAAAGAAGGAAGUUUGUGCAGUUGCGAGUUCAGUGCUCACAAAGACAGAAAUCGGCACAACCCCUGCUACGACAGCAGUGUGUCCGGAUAUUAAUACCGUAUCCACUAGACUUGAAGCUAACCCUGCUAGUUUAUUUACCUCAACGGAGACAAAAGAUACUUGUAUAAAGAAAUCAGUUGAUAUAUCUACUGUAACCAAAGAACUAACUCAGAAAAAGUCAAACACAAAUAUUUCAAGCUUGAACAAAAGUUGUCCGGAGAGAUUGACACUUAAAAGUAAAGAAACAGAUACUGAAACUGUGAAGACAUCUUCCUCCAGUGGUAAAGUUCAGUACAGUGUCAGUCAUAGUGUGGUAAACAAGGAGAAGUCCAAACUUGAUAUUGAAGAUAAAGCUCUUGCUGAACAACUUACUCCACACACAGAAUUUAAAGCUAAAAAAGACAGUAGUUGUGAAGGAAGUACAUCUUUAGCAAAGUCCUACUUUGCUUCAGGUCAGAAGGAAAUAUUAAUUUUCAACGAAUCAGAUUCCCAGGUUAGUGGUGAAGAGUGUGACUUAAAGUAUACUACAGGUUUCAAUAAGGAUAUAUUUUUGAAGAAUAGGGAGAAAGAGAACAGUGAAGAUACAAAGCUCUUCAACAGAACAGCAUUCAAAGGGAACAGUGAGAAAGACAUAGGUGAUUUUGAAACUCUGGAAGUGAAUAGUGAUAAAAGUUGUGAUAGCAGCGAAGACCUGGAGGAGAAAGAAACCCCAACUGAUUCUUCAGAUACUGACGCAGAUUUCCCUGUGGAUCCCGUCGGUGGAAUUUAUUUGUUUUCCGAGAUGGCUCGUCGCAGGAAGGCAGAAACUCCAGCAGAGGCUGAGAAUGAGGCAGCCUCACAGAGUGCUCGUAAGAGUAAGAAAAUAAGUGAAGCUUCAGCUGAGGAAAAUAGUAAUGAUAGUCAUCAAGAAGUAAAAGAAAGCAGCACACGUAAGUCUUCACAGAGAAGCACGCGAGGAAGAGCUAGAGGGGACAGUAACAAUGGAGAAGUGCAGGAAGAGGAGAAUGGGAACUCCAGGUGCCUUAGAAGUACUCGUAGCAGGAGCGUGGAGAAAGAUAAGGUGGCUGAGGCCGAGACCAGUAGGACAAGAACUACAUCUCAGGGUCAAAGCAGCGACAAAGAAGAAGAGACAAAUUUACAGAAAGGUCAACACCGGAGGAGGAGUUUGAGGAGCGAGAGUGCAGAAAGAGAAGUGCACACACCGGUAAGAAGGUCUAGAAGGUCUUCACGAGGGCACAGCACGGAACCUGAUACAGAAGAGGAAAGUGUGGAAGAGAAGGUGGCUGUUGAAGCCCAGAAGCUAGAGAGCAUCCAGGAGUUAAAUGAAAGUCAAAAUGAAACUCCUAAGAAGGCCGCAGAUGCAGGGAAAGAGCAGCAGAUUGAAGAAGGUGAAAAUGGGGGAAAAUCUCCUACUCCUAAGGUUGUUUCUCCAAAAGAGGAAGAGAAGUCUCGUGAAAUUGUUCCCGAUACUCCAAAGGAUGAUGCCUCGAGGAAAGAGACCGAAGUGAAGAAGGUUAAACAAGCUCACAAGAAACAAAAUGAUGAUUCUCCUAAAAGACAGAGUGAAGAAACUCCUGGAAGAGCCAAGGGGGAAAGAAGUGAAGAAAGCACUCCCAUCAAAGAAAGAAGUACAUCCAAGAAAUCUGCCCAUAGGGACGGGGAUGAAAGUGCCAGAAAAGAGGAAGGUAAGAGGAGAAGGUCAAGCAUUAAAAAUGAAGACGACAAAACGGAGAAAAAUGAAGAACACCGACACGGCGACUCAAAGGAGGAAAAGAAAGACGCUUCACGACCAAAGUUGCAGCGGAAUGAAGUGAAGGUUGUGGAAGAGAAAUCCAAGAUGACGGAGAAGAAAUCGAGGAAGGACAGGUCACCCUCCAGUAGCAGGUCAUCAAGCGACUCGAGGUCACUAUCUCCGAAGAAGGCAAAGGAAGGUACUUUCCGAUCAGUUAAGAGAGACUCUGGUAGUGAAGAAGAGAGACGUGAGAAGAGGAAGAGUAUUGAUGGGAGAAGGGAUUCAAAGGGGCACAAAGCCCAUUGUGAUGAUGCCAAGAAGACCUCUCGUCCACGUUUACACAGAAAUGAAGUGAAAAUAUCAGGGGAUAAGUCUGAGAGGAGGAGGAGCAGGAAGGACAGGUUUUCGUCUGAGAGCAGGUCAUCUAGUGAUUCAUCGAGGUCACCAUCUCCCAAGAAACACAAAAAGUUGCAUUCAUCUUCAUCCUCAAGUUCAAGCAGCUCUUCAAGAUCCAGAUCAAGGUCAAGGCAUUCACGGAAAAAGUUUGGUUCUGCCAAGAAGACAGAGUCUGAUCGCAAGAAAUCGCCCCUUACAAAGAGGCUGACUUCUCGUUCUCCAGAUAUAAAGUUAAAAGAAGACAGUGAUGAUGAGAUGAUAAAGCAUAAGCCAAUAUCUUUCCACGGUAGAAAGACCCGUCACUCUCGAUCACGAUCAAGGUCUCCAAGGGCAAAAAUACAGAAAUCAAAUUCAGGGUUGAGCAGCCCUGGACGAGACAGGUCUCGAUCUGGCAGUAGAAGAGACAGUAUCCGCUCAGAUAAACACCAGGAAGAAGAGAAAGAGAACAAGGAGACCAAGAUCACUAUUGAUUAUUCCACUUUCAAGUCUGUGAGGAAAGUAAGUCUAGCACGUGGUAAGUCACGUGAAGAGGAAGAAGUUGAUAAACCCAAGAAGAGGAAGUGGGGCAAUACUUCGUCAAAGAAGAUGUCUGUUGACAUAUCUUCUGCUUCAUUAAAGACUAUAAUCCCAGAUGUGAAGCCAUUAUCAGCUUCAGAAGUUCAUAUGGGUGAAGAUUCUGGUCCUGAGAGUGGUGAGGCAAGUGAUUUUGAGGGCCCUGAGCCUCCACCAGCCAUGUAUCAAACAGUGAAAGAAGAAUUGGAGGAGAGAGUAGAGACCAAGCCAAGACGUGAGGUGAGGGAAGUGUCUCCUGUUCCCAUCAAACAGAAGAGGCGUUCCUUAACACCAGAAGAAAAACCAGUCCGCAAGAUUCACAUGUUUGAGGGGCCUGUCCCAAGCAGCAAGCCAGCUAUUGCACCAGCACGAAAUCCACCAUCCAGAGUUGUGUAUGUUCAGAACCUGGUGCGCCCAUUCACCAUUAACCAGCUCCGUGAACUACUUCAGAGGACUGGACGACUGGUUGAAACUGGAUUUUGGAUAGAUAAUAUAAAGUCCAAGUGUCUUGCAAUGUAUGAAACAGAGGACCAGGCCCAGGAGACUCGUGUGGCCUUGCAUGGUGUCAAGUGGCCUGUCUCCAAUCCCAAGAAUUUGUUCGUUGACUUCUCUACCGAGGAGGAAAUGAAAAAGAGAAUGGAAGAUUUUGCUCCACCACCUCAAAAGGCGAUUGAAGACCGACGUGAUGAUAGAUGGCGGCGAGAGGGACCAGUACGUGAGUGGGAUUUGGCCAAGAUAGGAGAACGUUCACCUGGAGAGAGAGAGAGGGAGAGAGAGAGACUCCGACGAGAAAGGGAAGAAGAAAGACUGCGUGAACGUCACAAAAGCCGUAGUCCAACUGGACCUGAAGGAGACCAAAAUAAGAAACCAGAGGAGCCUCCCGCCAAGCUUUUGGAUGAUUUAUUCCGCAAAACCAAAGCUCAGCCAGCAAUAUACUGGCUUCCUUUAACUGCUGAGCAGAUUGCUGAAAAAGAGGCACAACGUCGCCAGAAGAUGGCAGAGUUAGAGCGACGCCAGGCAGAGAUGAGAGCUGCUAGAGAAAAGGAACGUGAAGAAUGGGAGCGCGUAAGAGCCGAGCGCAAAAAAGAAAGAGAAAAAGAGAGAGAACGAGAAAAGGAGAAGGAGAAAGAACGGGAAAAAGAGAGGGAAAAAAAUUCUCGUAAAUCCCGAUCGAAGUCUAGAUCACGCAGGAGAAGCAGAUCACCAAGAAGAUCUCCUCGCAGAUCUCCACGCAGGUCACCCAGGCGAUCAUCUGCCAAGAGAUCACCUAAAAGAUCACCCAAGAGGUCUCCAGGGAAAUCUCCACGAAGAUCACCACAGCGGCAGCGACGGUCACCCAGUAGGGAAUCUCGUAGGUCACGACGUAGGAGCCGAAGCCGCUCACGAUCCCGCAGCUGAUUCCAUGGUGGCAUUAAAUGAGGGGAGCCGAUGACCUUGUGGAGGAUAACACGGAGUGUGCAUUGUCCAGAUUGCUGUGGGCACAGUAGCACAAGGAGAGUUUGCUCAACAUCAUGGAACUAAAAACAAAACACAAGAUGCUUCAACACUGCAGCUACAGCAAGCCAGCUCUCGCUACUCCCAAGGUUACUGUUACGUCCGUCUGUGCUAUCUCCCCUCCAACGUCCGCUUCCCAACUCCAUCCUGUCGUCCUUCCCAAAUGCCCAUUCUCUCCCUCCUACAGGUAUUCCCACUCAGUGCUCUUCUGAUUUUAGGUUUAACUUUCACUUUUUCAUCAAGAUCCUUGUCGAUGACAAAGCUCAGGUGGAAUUAGUUGUAGGAGGAUGCUUUGGAGGUCAAAGUAAUUUUCUAUUAUUAAGUUCUUGUUUUUUGAGCCAUUGUAGGACAUCUUGUCAUUGGUUUGUAUCCAUUGGGUAAGUAUGUUUAAUUCAUUUUACCUUUGAUUAGUUAGUAGGUUAGUUUAGGGUAGAUGAUGCUUAUUUUUGUUUUAUUUAUGUAUCAGAAGAGCAUUGGGUGGUAAGGGAAGUGUUGAAAGCGUUAUUGGUGAAGAGAUCCACUGCGCUGUAUGGGCGGGCAACAACGAUGAUUCUCCAGAGUAUCGGCGGGAACUUCGAUGAUCAUCUCUAGAGACCGGCGUAUGUUUUAAUGCUUCCUCAUGGAAUGCCUUUCUCCAAAGCUGCAUAGCUAUGUACCAUGGCUCAAAAUGCCAAAGCUUGUAAGAGAUGGUUAUUGUUCUUUACAAGCCUACACAUACAGUGAUUGUGACUGGACUGUACCUGUGUCCGUGUUAAGAGUUAUUUAUGCAACAAUGUGGUGUUUUCUGUUUUGUGUGAUGCCACAGACAGUGUAGCAGAACACUGAAAACCAGUGUCUUAACGUGUACGAUAAGGUGGGAAAUGUGAUAUACCUCCCCGUAUAGACGUUGAAGUGCAAGCAAAGUACUGCUGAGGCCAAGUGGCGCAAUAUAAAAGAGCCGAGUUUGUUGACAGUUCUCACAUAAUUAUUGCACCUGAUUAUGGUAGAAAAAACAUAUCCAGGCAAAGAAAUGCCUUGUGCAGAUGUGAAUUGGACUAGUAAAAUGCAGUAGUUCGCAUCUAAAUCACACCUCUCUGUACAGAGAAACCUUUUUAUCCUGUGUGUGAGGAGUACAAAAUUUCUAAGUGAUUAUUUGCAAGCCCCUGUCUUAUAAAUAUAUGUUAAGGCAAAUGUCUGGUGUUAUCACCAGAUAGUUUUCCCAAUUGUGGUAAUUAAUAUAAUGUGUAUUAAUAAAUCCGCUUGUCUUUUUUUAGUAUUUUGAUGUUAAAUCUUCAGUGAGUUUAUGCACUAGGUUUUUAUUGUUUGAGAAAUUCAUAAUUUCUUCAGUUGUGAUGACUUAUGGGUGAUUGUUUAUAAUUGAAAGUCAUUAAAACUACACCCUUCAAA